AUGUUAUCAACAUAUGAUGAUGCUGCACUUCAAGUUAUUCAAACUAAAGCCGACCAGCUAAAAGAUACAUCUCAAAUUGAUCUAAAUACUCAAAUUAAUCUAUGGCGCGAUACGGUACAUGUUCGUCGACAACAUAUUCGUGAUAAGCCGACAUCAGAAAUUAUGAAAGAAUUUCCAGGUUAUUCGAAUCCGAUUUUGGAACCAUCAACACCAUAUCCAACUUUAAUUGCAAUCAAUGAUCAAAUACAUAUUUACGUCGACUUUAUUCCAAUUGUAUCAACCACAUCACCAGAUGAUGCUCUUGGUCUUCUUAUUGCGAUGUACAACAUAUUCGAAUUAAAUUUUAACAAAAAUAGUCGUGCUAUACGAUUUUUAUACUCAAUUCUUCAUGGUGAUAAACGUUUUCUUUCGAACGGAAUGCGGUUAUUAAUAAAGGACAAGGGUAUUGACAUUUUCAAUAAAACAAGUCAACAACACGCAACAUCUUCAAAUUCUGAUGGUAACAAUUCAACAACAACAAGCAGUAGCCCACCAAACUCAAGUAAUAAUAAUAGCAACACAGAAAGUAUUCCUGUUGUUGAAAAUAAAUCCAAUUUUGUUAGUCCAAUGAAUACAAGUUCGUCUGAUGCCGAUGUUGAUUCAACGUCAAAUGGGUCUGUUACAACAAAACAAUCAAAGAAAGAUAUUCCUGAAACUUCUACAUUUUUCAAUGAUUCUCACAAUCAAAAAACAAAUUCUCACAAACGAACACAACGACGAGAUAUUGUAACACAAGAGAAUCAUAAAAGGUCCAUAAUUGAUGAUGAUCAAGAUGAAGAAUCAAAACCUAUUGAACUGUAUCAAUUUAUAAUUGGUUCAUUAAAAAAAUAUACAAAAUAUUCCGUACGAAUUAAUUGUGCAACUAAAAUUGGUAAUGGACCAUGGUCAUCAUCGUUAAUUACUGUUCAAACACUUGAAGAUGCAACAACAUGGUAUGUUAUAAGUGUUCGUGCCAAAACACGUAAAGGUUUUGGUUUAAAAUGUUCGGCAUCAAUUGAAUCGGGUUAUCCACUUGAAAUGCCAUCGCCACCAACAAAUCUUGAAAUUAUUUCUAUUGAUAAACGAUCUGCACUUAUACCGUUGAUAUUAACAGCUGACAUUCGUAUACGAUAUAAUCGAUUAGAAUAUAAAUCACGAAGAAUUAAUUUUGAUUGUUCAAUAUGA